AUGGGAAGAAUGAAGCCAAUUGCUCACGGCCCUUGGUCCUUGGCAGACUCGUAUGGCUUCAUAUCUACCUUCCUCAACGGGUCCAUAACUCGCAGACGUGCCUUUAUUUCGGACCCCCGCUCGGUGACACAAGCUGGUAGGCUGGCAUUCAGCACGUCACACUCGUCCUCCAGGCAUCGUAUCAAAACCCGCAGGUCAAGCAAACAAACAAGCGUAUAUCGGGAAGGACAGAGUAGGUGGUUCCACGACUACUUUACUACGCAUCUCCCUUCCUCGUCUCUUCAUCCUGAUUCUCGGUCGAGCGGCCCGCAUCACAAAUUGCCACGGUCCGCCUCGACACCACAUACGCCAGGCUCAGGAGCUUCUCCCGCAGCAGCUCCACCAACCAUUGGUGCAUCCAGAGAACUUACAGUUGUGCGAAUACCUCUACGAAGCGCGAAACAUCACUUUGGGGUUUCUGUCUCUCGGGGUACCAGGCCGUACAACGAAGAUGCAUAUCAGGCUGGAACAAUAGAAGUGCCAGCAUUCGCAAAGCGGGCACCUAUAAGUUUAAGUCGAUCGGAUUCCAAAACUACCACAGGUGUUGGUACAUCCGCAGAUGGUGCAAGUGGAGAUCCGCAAGUGUUCUACUUUGGGGUCUUUGAUGGGCAUGGCGGAAAUGAGUGUAGUGAUUUUUUGAGGGAAGAGUUGCACACGUAUAUUGAGGAGUCAACAGAAACGUUCAAAGUUCUCUCAAGUCUGGAGAAGAAGGCGAAAAACAAUGCUUAUGGUACAUCUGUGAGUAGGGAAGUACAGGAGGAUGGGUCAGGGACACCCAUAUCUCAGCAGAUCUCUUGUAAAAUCAAAGCAAUCGAGUUGGAAAAGGCCCUUGUUUCAGAUUGGAAAUCAACAGUUGGUGGAUAUUUUCGACGAUUCAAACCAGAAUAUUUUGAUCUGCCUGAAUCUAUGGAAGGGGAGCCAAUACGAAAACCUAUCUCAGUUGAAGCAGCCUUAAUGUAUGCUUUUUUAAAAGCAGAUUUUGAUUUUAUAUCAGCACAGGCACGAAAACCCUCUCCGGAUGACAAUAACACCGACUCGCCCCUAAACGCGAAUGAAAUUUUUGGAGAGCCUGCGCGACAUUUCUCACCGCAUCGAAUUGGUGGCCCUACACGCUUCAUGGGAGGUUCAACCGCAUCUGUUGCUAUGAUAUCUACACCCACACCAACUCCCUUCUGGCAUCCAUCUUCUCCCUCGACGUUGAUGGUCGCCCACGUUGGCGAUACUCGUAUAAUACUUUGUGAGACCGCGACCGGCUUGGCCAAACCUGUGACUACCAAUCACCAUCCCAGUUCGCCUGUUGAAGGGGGUAGACUAAGAAGAUAUGCUGCGACGUUUGUUACUGAUUCUUUUGGGGAGGAGCGUAUGUCCGGAUUAGCAAACACGAGAGCAUUCGGUGAUAUGCGCUCUAAGCGCAUAGGCGUUUCCGCCGAGCCAGAGAUCAGGCGUGUAGAGAUAUCUCCAGCUGAAUAUAGUUUCUUGGUCUUGGUUUCUGAUGGCGUUAGUGGCACAUUGUCUGACCAGGAGAUUGUGGAUGUAGUAAAGGAGGCAAAAACGCCAGAGCAAGGGGCCAAGGAUGUUGUUGGUUUUGCUACAGAAGUGAGCAAGGAAGGAGACAAUGCAACAUGCUUGAUCGUUAGGCUCGGGGGCUGGGAGAGGAGAAUUGAGGGUGGCAUGGGAAGUAUGGGGACUAAGGAGGUCAGAGACUAUAAGAAGGGCGAAGCGAUGGAUCCUAGGAGAGCUAGAACUUAG